AUGCCGCCGCCGCCGCUGCCGGAGCGGUGGUCCAUCCUGGCUCGAAUCCCUAAAGUUGUGAAGGACAAGGAGGCGAAGCGCACCUUCCCGCCGGGCACCGACGUCUCCGUCGCCUGUGACGAGCUCCCGCGCGCCUCAAUCCUCACCGUGUCGCUCCGCAUCGCCCCGCCGCCCUGCCUCCCCAGCUACCCCUACGUCGCCGCUGCGGACCCCUCCGGCCUGCUCCUCCUCUGCGCCACGGAGCCUAGCGGGGAGGUCACCUACCACCUUUGCCACGCGCGCACAGGUGAGGCCACCUGUUUCCGCGAGCACAACUGCCCCAUGGGCUUCGACGGCGCCAACGUCGGCCUAAUGACGAGGGGCGACAGCUGCGUGGUCGCCGAGCUCCAGCCCUCCGGCGGCGGCUCCGGCCGCGCCACGCUCCUCCGCUACACGGUGGGGCAGUACAAGUGGGCCGUGACGGAGCUCGCCUACUCGCCGCCGCUGCACCGGCAGUGGUUCUGCGAGGGGGUCGUCUUCCACGGAGGGAUGCUCUGGUGGGUGGAGCUCUCGUACGGCCUCCUCGCCUGUGACCCCUACUCCGACAAGCCGGAGCUGCUACACGUCCCGCUUCCGACGAUCAUCGACCCGCUUCCGGGAAAAGUGGCAAAUUUGGCCAACAGGGCCUCCCACAGCUGCGUGAAGGCGAGCAGCGGAAGGCUGAGGUACGUGCAGAUCCAUGGCGAUCCCGCCGCCCCGGUGGUCAGCACGUGGGCGCUCACCGAGGCUGGUAAAUGGAACCCCGAGCGCCGCGUGCCCUUGCCGGACAUCUGGGCCGACGAGAGCUACCUCGACGCCAUGCUGCCAGGGAGCAUCCCCGCGCUUGCGCUCCUCGGCCCCGCAGACCCAGACAAGCUCUACUUCUUCCUCGGCUCCUGCAUCUUUGCCGUGGACCUGCGACGGAGGAAGGUUGUGGAAUCCGGUGAAUUCGAUAUGCCGGAGCCACCAAACCAGCUGAUCGUGCGCGCAUGGCAGUAUGAUCCUUCAAGCAGCCGUAAGCAUAUAUUUUUAUCUUGUUAUUUGAUUACUUUGCUUUGA